AUGAAGUUGCAAAUCCCACUUGUCCCUCUCCUUGCCGUUCUGAAUCUCGCAUCGGGACCGGCUUCUGCAUCCUGUGGCUCCAAUAAUCCCCCAGAGGAAGCAUUGGAAGCCGCACGAAGUCUGGAUAUCGAUAGACAAAGCACAGGCAUGCAAGUACGAUCUGCGCUCCACAACAGCCCCCGCGAGGGGUUCGUUAUUCCAACGUAUCUCCAUGUAGUCGAAUCCAAAGAAAAGGCUGGUCUUGUUACUGACAAGAUGCUUCACGAUCAGGACGAGCUAAACGUCUUCUUCGAGAGUGGCUUGAUGACGGGAGACAAGUCUACGGGCCUUUGUACGUUUCCUGUCAAAGACCCUGUCAAGACAGGAGAAGAUGGCACGCCAUGGGCCAUCUUGGAUGGCUGCCAUAAUCCGGAUGACAACAAGGGUAAGCUGGUAACGCAUGAGGUUGGACACUGGCUUGGCCUAUUCCAUCCUUUCCAGGGGCAGACCUGCAGAGGCGAGGGGGACUUCGUCGAUGAUACUCCAGCGCAAUGGGAAGUAACUAAUGGUGGAUGCCCUGUUGGCAAGGACUAG